CUUUGGCCAGAGAGACAUACUGAAUUUCAGAACUAGGCUGCGAGAAGGUCCUCACGAGAUGUCUAGAGUGGAAGGCGUAGAAGACGCGGAGAAGCGUCGUCGAUUGAAGCUUGAAGAAGCUCUGGAAAUCAAAUCCCUUAGGCGUAUAAUCAGUGCUUACCUCAACUAUCCAGACGCUUCAGAAGAGGAUGUCAGAAGAUAUGAAAGAUCUUUUAGGAAACUUCCACCUGCACAUAAGGCUUUAUUACUCCAUUAUCCUAUAAAGAUUCAAAGAUUGCGCCGGUGUAUCUCCGUAAAUUCUUAUUUCAUAUUCAACAUGCUUCAGGCAUUUGAGCCCCCAGUUGAUAUCAGCCAGGACAUAGAUGUGGAUGAAAGCCUGCACCCUGGACACACCCAAGGUCAUGCCACAAAAGAAAAUAAUGCUUGCUUGUGUGAGUCUACCUCAAGAACUGAAAUAUGUUCUCCAGCAAAUGAUCGACCAGAUCGUGGGGAAUGUUGUAUUGAGACAUGUAGAUCAUCAGUACCAGUCUGUGUUGAUGAGGAGGUGGACGUUGAGGCUUGCCAUCAGCUAAGUACUGGGAGCCAGUCUUCAUGUUCAAUGCAUGCCAAAGAGACAGACAAACAUGGUGGAAAUAUUGUGGUUGAUUCCAAUGGAAAUGUAUCCUCACUGCGACAAGAAUGGUUGGACCCAUCUUUUCAAAUAAAUGUUCCUUUAGUUGAUGUAGAUAAGGUGCGCUGUAUAAUAAGGAAUAUAGUCAGAGACUGGGCAGCAGAGGGUCAAAAGGAACGUGAUCAAUGCUACAAGCCUAUACUUGAGGAACUUGACGUGUUGUUUCCUAAUCGCAGUAAAGAGAGCCCACCUGCCUGUUUAGUUCCUGGUGCUGGACUUGGUCGGCUGGCUCUGGAGAUUUCAUGCUUAGGAUUUAUCAGCCAGGGAAAUGAAUUUUCAUACUACAUGAUGAUAUGCUCAAGUUUUAUUCUUAACCACACCCAAACUGCCGGUGAAUGGACAAUAUAUCCUUGGAUACACAGUAAUUGUAAUUCUUUGUCAGAUAGUGAUCAACUCCGUCCUGUUUCAAUUCCAGAUAUUCAUCCUGCCAGUGCAGGAAUCACUGAAGGCUUUUCCAUGUGUGGUGGUGACUUCAUUGAAGUCUACAGUGACCCAAGUCAAAUAGGUGCUUGGGAUGCAGUUGUGACCUGUUUCUUUAUUGAUACUGCUCAUAAUAUAGUUCAAUAUAUCGAAAUAAUAUCACAAAUUUUGAGAAACGGGGGAGUUUGGAUUAACUUGGGUCCUCUCCUUUAUCACUUUGCAGAGAUGUAUGGACAAGAAGAUGACAUGUCCAUUGAAUUGAGUUUGGAAGACGUUAAAGGGGUUGCUCUGCAUUAUGGAUUUGAAUUUGAGAAAGAAAGUACCAUUGAGACAACCUACACUACAAAUCCUAGAUCAAUGAUGCAAAACCGUUAUUUUGCUGCGUUUUGGGUUAUGAGGAAAAAAUCAGCAUCACCACCGCAAGUGGCCUGAUAAUUGCUGGAAUAUAAACCAGUCCACUUUGCCUUGUCUGGCUUUUGACUUCUGCUAUGGAGAAUAUUUAUGUGCAUUUGCGAAAUCUGUCAUGCCAUGAUGAAUAUUGAUAUUUGGUAUGGAGUUGCUGAAGCCACAAGUUUCUGUAUCAGUUGAACAUGUGCGCAUGCUGAAGGUUUUUUACAGUAAAUUGAUUGAUGAAUAUGCAUUUUUCAUAAACUGUAUGAAGAAACAAUUGUGGCUUGUUGAAGAUUUCUGUCAUUUGCUGGGGAUAUGCAGGAUCUUACAUGCCAUGUUGUGACAUGCAAGUAAUACAUGAAUAUCAUAGAAUUCAUAGCAUGUUGCACUUUAAAAUA